AUGGAGACAGAUGCAAGUUCAGUGGAUACUAUUAAAACUACGCCUGAUUCAAAUUCUACGCAAUCUGAUUUUAUUCAAAAGGAAUUAAACUUUGACAUUGAUCCCAAUGAUCCGUUGACCAAAGCAAGUUUAAAUGACCAUCCAGUGAACGAAUGGAUGGAUAUCGUUGGUAAUGGACAAUUAAAAAAAAAAGUAUUAAAAGCUGGUAAACAAAAUUCUAGACCAAAUCGAUCAGAUUUAUGUAGUGUAAAAUUUAUUGGAAAAUUAGAAGACGGAACUAUUAUUGAAAAUGAGGAAGAAAUCACAAUUCAAUUAGGAGAUAUGGAAGUUAUUCAGGGAUUGGAUUUAGGUAUUACACUAAUGGAUUUGGAAGAAGAAGCCGAACUUGAAAUAUGUCCAAGAUUUGCAUAUGGCGCGUUAGGGAGAAAUUUACCAUUACCAGAAAUACCACCAAAUUCUAAACUUACGUAUAAUGUUAUACUUAAAGAUAUAAAGAUGGAACCCGAUAUUGAUGAGUUACCAUAUACAGAAAAACGAAGAAUAGGUAAUAAAAAACGCGAGAGAGGAAAUUGGUGGUUUGCACGUGAUGAGUGUACAUUAGCAAUCCAUUGUUAUCGUAAAGCAUUAGAAUACUUAACACCGUUUAGGGAAGGUGAUGUUCUCGAUGACAAAAAACCAGAGAAAAUGCUAGAGCAUGUAAGUGAUAAUGAGCUGCAAGAAAUUCUUGAAGAUGCUUUAAAAGUACACAAUAAUUUAGCUGCCGCACAAUUGAAAUGUGAAGCUUAUGAUGCUGCCUUAACUAGUGUAGAAAAUGUUCUAAGAUGCCAACCACAAAAUGUUAAAGCCUUAUUUCGAAAAGGAACAAUUCUUCAUUACAAAGGAGAAAAUACCAAAGCUUGCACAGUGCUAACGCAAGCUUUAAAAAUUGAACCAGAAAAUAAAGCCAUACAACAAAAAUUAUUAAUUUUAAAGAAAAAAAGUGCUAAGGAUGCACGACACGAAAAAAAUCUAUAUCGUAAAAUGUUAGGAACUGUACCAGAUAAAAGAAAUAAUGAUGUCAAGAACACACCUGAUUAUAAAAAAGCACCUACCAAACUCACUUGGAGUUUGCUUGGUGGAACUAUUGUUGCAGUUGUUGGAAUAAUUGCUUACAGAUUAAUAUCAUAAAUUUAAAAUAGUUAGACUGAUAGUUGACUAGCUCGAACAAGUUAUCUUUACAUAUUUAAAAUUUCCUUGAAAAAAGAACCCUGGAAAUGAAGGAAGACAUUCCGAUUGUUGGGAAUAAAUAAACACGACUUGUUAAUUUUGUUACAUUUGUUCCAUGUCUUUGUACACAAUUGUAUAUUUAAUAAAAAAUAACUUCUAAAAGUAUAAGUUUUUAUCACACAGCAUAAUUGUGUUAUUGAAUG